CUUAGCUGCUGGGCUGCUCCCUCGCUUUACGGCGCGACGCCCAAGGCGGCAGCGGUUGCUAUGGGGACGAAGCUUGGGUGACAACUGUAGCUAGGGAGUGCGUAAAGCCUGAGGUGGCGGCAGCUAGAGGUCCAGGAGGACCCGGCCUGUUGAGGAACGAGGACACUACACUGAAGAAUGUCAGAUCCAGAAGAAAAUGGAGCAAAAGAAACAGAAGAAAAAGAAUAUAAUCAAAAUUACAAAGAAGUAGAAAACACGUGCCGGAAAUCACCUGAUGACACAUCAGGAUGGAGAGAGUCUGAGGAGGACUUGGGAGGGAAUCAGCUGGAUAGGAAGGAGCUGAGGGAGGAAGAAGAGGAGGAGAAUGCAGAGGAGAAAGAGAAAGGGGAGGAAGAGGAGGAGGAGGAGGACAAGGCGGCUGCCGGGGUCCAGGAGGAAACCUCGGAAGAGCGCACUCCCGAGGUCAAGAGCACUUCCCAGUACGGCCUGCAGGGCACCUUCCUGGAAAUCCUUGGAGAUACCGGCUCCAAGCAGUCGCUGCGGACAGACAGUUCUGGACUGAGCGAACUCUUCAGAGGCCUCAGCUCCAACCAGGACUAUGUCAAUGUGGCCCAAGUCCAUCCUGAGGAACAGCAGAUGGGUUCCUCAGCUGAACUCGGGGAGAGAGCCCACCGUGAGGCCCAGAACCAACUGGGACAGGAAGAAAGAGACCUGGGCCGGAAACAGGGAGGCGCUGGAGGAGGAAGGGGUAAGGCGAGGCACAGAAAGAGAAUAUCCUACUUCCUUGGCGAUGAAGAAAUGGGAUCCCAGGCCGAAGCAGGAGGCUCCAGGGAAUCCCUGGUGUCCAGCUCCACAGAGGACACCUUGUUCCAGAAGGAUGAGGGCACCCAGGUGUACCCCUUGGCCCUGAGCUGGUUGUUCGGGUGGAACAGCUCGCUUCCUGUCUUCUACAUCCGGGAGAGGAGCCAGAGGGUCCUGCUGUACGUGUGCGGCCACACGGCGGUCAUCUACAACGUCCCGAGGAACACGCAGCACCACCUGCAGGGCCACCGGAACGUCAUCUCCUGCCUGUGCGUCAGUGAGGACCGGCGGUGGAUCGCCACUGCAGACAAGGGGCCCGGCUGCCUGAUCAUCAUCUGGGACUCAUUCACAGGCAUCCCCGUGCACACCAUAUUUGACAGCUGCCCGCAAGGGAACGGCAUCAGGGCUAUAGCCAUCAGCCACGACGCCAAGUACCUGGCCACCGUCUCCGAUGCUGACGCCCAGGAAGUCUGUAUCUGGAGGUGGACUCUGGCGGUGGAGACGCCUGCGUGCACCCUGGAGCUCCCCAGAGAGCACGGCUUCCAGAACUACCUUACUUUUAACCCAGCAAAUAAUAAAGAAUUGGUGAGCAAUAGUAAAACACAGACAAUAUAUUAUUGGUGGCAUGAAGAGAAAGAUACACUUGUUCACAGUGCCCCACUUCUAGUGGAGAAUACAUUCAACAAGCUGGUGGGGAAGUUCAGCCAGUCCAUCUUCCACCCGAACUCCACCCAGAUCCUCUCGGCGACCCUGGAGGGGAAGCUGGUGGUGUGGGACAUCCACCGCUGUGCCUUGGCGCCCUCCAGCCUGGCCGACGGCCCCUUCAUCAGGCCUUGCAAGCUGGUUCACCUGCAGAGAGAGGCAGUCAGCGUGCUUACCACAGCCGACGGCUAUAUUGUAACAGGUGACAUUAAGGGCAACAUCAAGUUCUACGAUCAGACCCUGUCCAUUGCUAACUGGUACAGUCACCUCAACCUGAGCUGCAUACGGACCCUGUCCUUCUCACCGAGCCCUGUGAGCCCUCGCACAGAGAAAUCAAACUUCCCCCUGGACUGUACUUUAAAGGGUGACCUUUUCGUCGUCAGGAAUUUCAUCAUCGCAACAUCUGAUGCCACAGUGUACCACUUAACGACAGAUGGCACCAGACUCGAGAAAUUGUUCGUGGAGCCCAAGGACGCUGUGUGUGCCAUCUCCUGCCACCCAUACCAGCCGCUGAUGGCCGUGGGGAGCGCGUGUGGGGUGAUCAAGGUGUGGGAUUACGAGCAAAAGAAAUACCUGUUCAGCAGGGUCUUUGAGAAGGGGCUUGGCGUCCAGAGCCUGACCCACAACCCGGAAGGCGCCCUGCUGGGAGCUGGCUUCACGGAGGGGACAGUUUACAUUCUCGAUGCGAUGUCUCUGCAAAACGAGGCCCCAGAGCCUUUCAAGUACUCCAGAAGCAACGUGACACACGUCAGCUUUUCCCACGACUCCCAGUAUAUGGCCACUGCCGACGUGAACUUCACCGUGGCCGUGUACAUGAUGGUGGUCCGAGGUGGCCGGAGGGUGUGGGAGUACUUGGCCCGGCUCCGCUCCCAUCGCCAGAGCAUCUGCAGCCUCCUAUUUGGGGUUUACCUGGACAGCAACGAGCCGCGACUGCUGAGCCUGGGCAGAGACAGGCUCCUGAUCGAGUACAACCUGAGCCGGAGCCACAAGGACCACCUGGAGGUCCUAGACAUCCACCACACCGACCAGGGCCACCACCCGACCUGCAUGGUGUGGUACCCGCUGCUCACCAAGGAGCUCUUCCUGCUGGUCUGCGACAGCGGCUACAAGGUGAAGCUUUUCAAUUCCACCACCAAGAUGUGCAGGAAGACACUUCUUGGGCCCGCGUACGGGUCUCCUGUCGAGCAAGCACGAGUCCUCCCAGUGAGAACGGCCCUGGAGCUGGAGAAGCGCUACCUGGUGUUCAUUAACAGAGACAAGGUGGGGCUGCAGAUCUUACCGGUGGACGGCAACCCGCACAAGACGUGCGCCAUGGUUUGUCACCCAGAUGGGGUGGCGGGGUUGGCCCUGUCCUACGACGGCCGCUAUGCCUUCACAGCAGGAGGACACGACUGUUCAGUGGUACAGUGGAAAAUCAACCUGAGGAUCUGGAAUCUAGGGAUUCAAAAAAAAGAGGACACGCUCGCGCCUCUCCAGUCGCUUUCCUGGGCCUGGCCAGCAUCCAGACUUCUGAGAAUUUCCAUUUAAUCUGUUGUGGGGACAAGGGAUCAUUAUAAACUAAUUAGCACUUCAUUGCUGCUUCUGGUGACUUAAUAUGUUCCAGGCUUCACUAAUGGAAAGAAAUGUAAAAUCCCUAACAAGUGAACAAAAUUCCCGGCUGGAUUCAGCGCAGCAGGGGAAGUGGAGUGGGCAAAUCCCCUCUGAUUUUGAGGGCAUCAGUCAGCUCAGGCCCAGCCCAAGAUACUUCUCCCCAGCCCCUCCCUGGGGCCCAGGGCUCAUUCUGCACCCUCUCCCCUCCCCCCAUCUUUGCCCGCACCCUCACCUCCCCCUUCUCCUGUGGCAUCUGUUCUUUUUUUUUCUUGUCUUUCCUUUGUGUGGUACUGGGGAUUGAAUCCGGGGCGCUCUACCAUGAAGCUGCAUUUGAAGCCCUGUUUAUUUUUUAUUUUGAGACAAGGUCUCCCUAAACUGUCUGGGUUGGUCUCAAACUUGUGAUCCUCCUGUCUCAGCCUCCCAAGUAGCUAGAAUUACAGGCAAUGUUUUGGGGGGGUUUUUUUGUACCGAGGAUCGAACUUGGGACCUUGCACUUGCGAGGCAGGUGCCAGAACCACUGAGCUAAAUCCCCGGAUUUAGGCAAUGUUUUAAAAUCUCCCAUUCCUUUUCUGUGCUCAACUUCACUACCUCCUCUCCUCCUGCACCCUGCUUGGAUAAAAGCGGAGCCCUGCAUUCAAAACCGGGCUUUGCCACCUACUGGUGGGGCAGCAGCAGGCAAGUCCCUUAACACCUCUGAGUCUCAGUUUCUCCAUCGGCCGAAGGGCAAUGUCAUCACAGGGUGGUUGAGGGAGUGGUGACUCCCACCAUGGCAUGGGCAUUUCCUGAGCAGCUCCUGGUGCCAGGCGCAGGCUCCUGGUUUCCGGAGGGUCAGCCCGUCACCCAGAAGGAGCGAUCUGUUGCCAGGUGCAGUCGGGUUCAGCCAACGUCACUUCUGUUUUCUACAGCGACCUCAUUUUGUACUGCAAGUAUUAGGAACCCAAUUUAGGCAGACGGGUGGCGGUGGGGCUUAGGAGGUCACCGGAUCCAGUGUAGCUGCCCUGUGGUGGGAACACGGAUGCAGCCCCCUCAUUUGCUGUCCCCAGCACACAGCUGCAAGGUUUUUGAGACCCCUGUCUCAAAAAAACAAAAAAAGGAAAAAGAAAAAAGACCUUACCCUGAGGGUUCCUGGACAAGCAAAGGGUGGCGCUGGGAUUCCCACCCUGGCUCUGAGUCUGUCCCACACCCCACACCGCUGAGGACAGCACAGGAGCCCGCACACACGCCUUCCUUUGAGGACACUGAGGCCCCAGCUCCAGUUCCUUGCCUGAGGCCACACAACUUCACAGGGCGGCAGGACACCCGCCCGCCCCUCCGUGCCCCUCCCCGCUGUGGUCCUGAAAGGGCUCCCUCGGGAGCAGGCCAGGGAGUGUGUAGGGAGAAGCAGUCGGUGAUCGGCUUUCCAGCCAGGAAAGUCAGCCUUUCGUAAAAGUAGGCUUUCUUCCCAUCCCAAAGCCUAUUUUUGGAGACUCUGACCCCAAGUUAGAGAGCAGAGGGUUAUUUUUAUCAGCCUGGCGCGGGUCCCUGUGGUCUCCCGAGUUUUUACGGCAGUAAUUAGAGCUGGCAGCCACCUCCACACCAUCCCAGCCUCGGCUCUGGUCCUGCGUCUGAAGUCAUGGGCAGCGCUGCCGGGCUGCGAGGAUGCAGUCUCGGAACACGAGUGCCAGCGGGCCUGGCGGGAGACGCGGUCCUCGAGGUGCAGACAGGUCUCCAGCGCACCCAUGCC